AUGAUGGGUGAGAAAUCAGCAACAGAUGAGGUAAUCGCUGGUCUGAGGAAUGCAUUACGAGAUGAAGAUGAACAUGUCAGAAAAUAUGCUUGUGAAGCCCUUGGAAACAUGGGUGAAAAAGCAGCAACGACUGAAGUGAUCUCUGAUCUGAUUAAUGCGCUACGCGAUGAAAAUUCGGAUACACUAGAUUCUGCGUAUAGUGUGCUUUUGAAUAUGGGUGAAAAAGCAGCAAUCAAUGAGGUGAUCGCUGGUCUGACGAGUGCACUACGGGAUGAAGAUAGUCGUGUGAGAGCAAAUGCCUGUUUACUCCUUCGAAACAUGGGCGAUAAAGCAGCAACGAAUGAGGUUAUCGUUGGUCUGGCGAAUGUACUUCGCGAUAACGAUUCGAAUGUCAGAAAAUAUGCUUGUAAAGCCCUUGAAGACAUGGGUGAAAAAGCAGUAACAAUUGAGGUGAUCGCUGCUCUCAGGAAUGCAAUACGGGAUGAAGAUGGAUGUGUUAGAGCAAAUGCGUAUACAGUCCUUGGAAAAAUGCAUGAAAGAGUAGCAACGAAUGAGAUGAUUGCUGACCUGAUUAAUUCACUAGGCAAUGAAAAUUGGGAAGCCCAAAUCUAUGCGUGUGAAGCACUUGAGACGAUUGGUGAAAAAGCAGCAACGAAUGAGAUAAUCACCGCUUUAGUGAAUGCACUUCGAGAUGAAAAUGGGGAUAUCCAAAACUAUGCGUGCAAAGUCCUUCGAACAAUGGAUGAAAAAGCAGCAACAAAUGAGGUGAUCGCUGGUUUGAUAGGCGCACUACGGGAUGAAGAUAGCCGUGACAGGACAAAUGCCUCUGUGAUUCUUGGAACGAUGAGUGAAAAAGCAGCAACAAAUGAGGUGAUUACUGGUCUGAUAAAUGUACUUCACGAUAAAGAUUCGAAUGUAAGACAGAGUGCGUGUAAAGCCCUUGGGAACAUGGGUGACAAAGCAGCAACGACUGAGAUCAUUGCUGGCCUGAUGAAUGCGUUAGGCGAUGAAGAUGGACGUGUCCGAAAUUAUGCAUGA